AUGCAGCCGUGUCCCAUUCUGGGGAGGAUUCGGAGAAUUGCCAAAGCAGCCUGGGCGGUGGCUCAGACAAUGACGCUACGUGCCUUUUCCAGCAGGUCUCCUUAUCCAAAACAGAAUGCUCCGUCACCACACUCGCUCGCUGGCACCCAAGCGCUGGCUGCCUCCAAAGGCCCGAGGCAGCAGCUGGGUCCUGCGCCCAGGUGCCGUUACUGUCUUGGGCGCAGCUAA